AUGAAGAAGGUUUUUACUCUUGCUGAUAAAGCCUGGGCGGGUUCUAACCUACUCUAUAAGUGGCAGAAAUCUGUUGGUAACUUCAUUGCUGUUGCCGGACAAGACAACUCAGUGAAAAUAUUUGAUCGACAUGGACAGAAGUGGACUGAACUCAACCUGCCAGGGCGCUGUGUGGGUAUGGACUGGGAUAAGAAUGGAGACAUUUUGGCUGUGAUAGCUGCAAAAUCCAGGUCCAUCUUCCUCUGGGAUGCGAGGGUCAAUAAGUCUUCCAGGAUAAAGAGCGGCAUGAAAGAUCAGAUGUCUCUCAUCUUGUGGUCAAAGACGAGCCCAAUGUUUGCUGUCGGGACGGUCAAAGGAAACCUGUUUAUCUACAAUCAGCAAACUUCACACAAGAUCCCUGUUCUGGGUAAACACACUAAAAAGAUCACCUGUGGGUGCUGGAGUGCUCAGAAUCUCCUGGCUCUUGGAAGUGAAGACAACACGUUGAGCAUCAGCAAUCAUAAGGGGGACACCAUCAGACGGACAACACUUUGCGGUGAGCCUAAUGAAAUCAACUUCUCUGUGAUGAAGACAGAUGAAAGGUCUUCUCCAGCAGAUAGCACUGUGAGUGUGUCUGUGGGAAAGAAAAUAUUGAUGCUUUUCAACGUCAAUGAUCCUGAGAACGGGGUAGAACUGACCUUCCAGCGGCGCUAUGGAAACAUCGUGUCGUAUCACUGGUACGGUGAUGGGAACAUACUCGUUGGAUUCUCCAAUGGAUACACAGUGGUUAUCUCCACUCACAUCAGGGAGAUUGGGAAGGAGCUCUACCCGGCUCACAACCAUAAAGAUAGUCUGAACAGUGUGGCUAUCUCAUCAUCAUUAAACAAGGCUGCCUCCUGUGGGGACAACAGCAUAAUGAUCCACGACCUGUCUGAGCUCAAAGAUAACACUCAUGUUGUUAGAUUUGAUGAUGAGACUAAAGGUCUGGACCAUCUGAGCUGGACAGAUGAUGGACAGCUGUUGGCUAUUUCAACACAGAAAGGGACACUCCAUGGUUUCCUCACCACGCUGCCUAUUCUGGGUGACAGCUUUGGUACACGGAUGGAGUACCUCACCUCCCCGCUGGAGGUCACCGAGAAAGGCCAAUAUUAUGAUAAGGCUGCGUCGCUCUACACUCGUUGCGAGAACUGGUCGAAGGUGGGAGACCUGCUGCCACAGGUUUCCUCUCCCAAGAUCCACUUGAAACAUGCCAAGGCCAAAGAGGCAGAUGGAAAGUACGAGGACGCAGCCCGGGCCUAUGAGAGCGCGAAGGACUGGGACAACGUGAUCCGAGUUCUGCUGGUCCACCUGAACAACCCUGAGGACGCUGUGCGCAUCGUCAUGGAGACGCCGAGCAUUGACCGAGCAAAAAUGGUCGCCAGGUUCUUCCUACGGUUGAACGACGAAAGCUCAGCCAUCCACUUCCUGUUUCUGUGCAAGUACAACGAUGAAGCCUUCCAGCUGGCAGCGCAGCGCGGAAAGAUGGAGGUCUACGUCGACUUCAUCGGCUCUGAGGGGACACAGGAGGAUUACCAGAACAUCGCUUUCUACUUUGAAGGAGGAAGGAAACAUCUGCAGGCUGGAAAGUUCUUCCAGAAGUGUGGACUGUACAGCAGAGCCCUGAGAAACUUCCUGAAGUGUUCCAACACUGACGACAACCUGGCAGUGGAGAUGGCCAUUGAGACGGUUCGUCAGGCCAAAGACAGCUCUUUAACCAAUCAGCUGAUAGAUUACCUGAGAGGGGAGAGUGACGACAAGCCCAAGGAUGCCAAGUACCUCUUCCGUCUCUACAUGGUGUUGCAGCAGCACAAGGAGGCUGCUCAAACGGCCAUCAUCAUCGCCAGAGAGGAGCAGUGUGCAGGGCACUACUGUAACGCCCAUGAAGUGCUGUUCAGCAUGUACAUGGAGCUGAGGGCCCAGAAGGCUAAGAUCCCUAAGGACAUGACCACCGAUCUGAUGAUCUAUCACUCCUACAAACUUGCAAAGCUGCAUAGGGACAGAGAAGAAUACCUUAAAGCGGGCCACAUGCUCCUUCGACUCUCCAACUACAUCAGCCGGUUUCCUAAACAUGUUGUUCCCAUUCUGGCGGGAGCAGUCAUAGAGUGUCACCGCUCCGGGUUGAGAAACUCUGCCUAUAGGCUUGCGUCCAUGCUGAUGAGACCAGAGUACCGAGACGAGAUCGACAAGAAGUACCGGUGGAGGAUUGAGUGGUGUGUUCGACGUCCCGGUAAAGAUCUAGAGGAGGAAAAGACUCCAUGUCCGUUCUGUGGCUGCAAGCUCCCACAGAACGAGCUACAGUGUUAUUCCUGCAAGAACAACGUGCCCUAUUGCAUCGCCACGGGUCGCCACAUGCUGAAGGAAGACUGGUCAGAGUGUCCUCACUGUGAAUUCCCUGCUCUCUACUCGGAGUUCACUCUGUUGUUGAAGACGGAGGGUGUGUGUCCGAUGUGCUCAGAGACUGUGAGGGUCCAACAGCUGAAGAAGAUCUCGGAUUGUUCCCAAUGCCUGUUAACUGUGCUCUUCUGCGCCCAGUAA